GGAAGCGCUUUCUCCCAGGCGGCAUUCCCUUCCUGUGCAAGGCCGGCUGAGGGUUUCUGCUGCUGCUGUUUCUUCCUCCGGGUUAACAAUCAAGAUGGUACAUGCUGAAGCCUUUUCUCGUCCCUUGAGUCGGAAUGAAGUUGUUGGUUUAAUUUUCCGCUUGACAAUAUUUGGUGCAGUAACAUACUUUACUAUCAAAUGGAUGGUAGACGCAAUUGAUCCAACCAGAAAGCAGAAAGUAGAAGCUCAGAAACAGGCAGAAAAACUUAUGAAGCAAAUUGGUGUGAAAAAUGUGAAGCUUUCAGAAUAUGAAAUGAGUAUUGCUGCUCAUCUGGUAGAUCCUCUUAACAUGCAUGUUACUUGGAGUGAUAUAGCAGGUUUAGAUGAUGUYAUUACAGAUCUGAAAGAUACAGUCAUCUUACCUAUCAAAAAGAAGCAUUUGUUUGAAAAUUCUAGGCUUCUGCAGCCUCCAAAAGGUGUUCUUCUCUACGGACCUCCAGGCUGUGGUAAAACAUUAAUUGCCAAGGCUACAGCUAAAGAAGCAGGCUGUCGGUUUAUUAACCUUCAACCUUCAACAUUGACUGAUAAGUGGUAUGGAGAAUCUCAAAAAUUGGCUGCUGCUGUUUUCUCCCUUGCCAUAAAGCUACAGCCUUCCAUCAUCUUUAUAGAUGAAAUAGACUCUUUUCUACGGAAUCGUUCAAGCUCUGAUCAUGAAGCUACAGCCAUGAUGAAAGCUCAGUUUAUGAGUCUCUGGGAUGGUUUGGAUACUGAUCAUAGCUGCCAGGUCAUAGUAAUGGGAGCUACUAAUCGUCCUCAGGACCUUGACUCAGCUAUAAUGAGAAGAAUGCCUACAAGAUUUCAUAUCAACCAGCCUGCUCUAAAACAAAGAGAAGCAAUCUUGAAGCUCAUCUUGAAAAAUGAAAAUGUGGAUAGGCAUGUAGACCUGCUAGAGGUUGCCCAGGAAACUGAUGGCUUUUCAGGAAGUGACCUAAAAGAGAUGUGUCGAGAUGCUGCCCUCCUCUGUGUCAGGGAAUACGUUAAUUCUACAUCAGAAGAAAGUCAUGAUGAAGAUGAAAUUCGGCCUGUGCAACAGCAGGACCUCCAUCGAGCAAUUGAAAAGAUGAAGAAAUCAAAGGAUGCAGCAUUUCAGAAUGUUUUAACACAUGUUUGUUUAGAUUAAGAGUAAAGAUCAUUUGUACAGUUUGGUGAUCUAGUUCUGUGUGCCCUCUUAUUAUGGAAAUAGAGUGAAAGGAGUGCUCUUAAAACAUUGAGGGAGUUCCGUGUUUAUGGUUUUUUACUCUGAAUUCUAAGUUAUUGAGGUAUAGUUGUUAUGUAAAUGGCAUGACUACUUUUCAGAAAUCAUGAGGAGGAACAAUUUAAUCCAGCCCAAGUGUGGGUGCUUGCGUUUGACCUCUUUAGCCAUAUGUUGUUAYAGCCUUAUAGAAUCUAAGCUGGUCUUAAAGUAAUAAAUGAUUCAUUGGGUCAUUAGUGAGAAAUGGGAAUGUGGUAGGUGCUGGUUCCUAGAUAUGUAUGUGUGUGUGUGUGUGAGAGAGAGUAUGUAUGUGUGUAUAUUAAUUGUAUAUAUCCACUCAUUUUUUUAUUGACAUUCUGUAGAUAUGUUUGAAUACAGAACUUUUUUUUACCCCAACUACUGAAUCCAAAAGUACUGGAAUGGUAUAUAGCAAAACUAAGAUUUAAGGUUGUGUCCAAUAGGUACAGUGAUUCAGUCAUUUCCAAUUGUCAUUUGUUUUAUCUUUUUUAAACUGAACAUUUCUUUGUCUGCAGUUGAUCAGUUGAAUCAGCUACGUCUGAAUAUAUACUCGUGGCUUUGUCAUAAUGGCUGACAGGAUAAUGAAAUACAAAUACUUGUUCAGUGAUCAGCAUUGGGUAGUUGUUAGGCAGACAUGGUCAACACUGAUUUUGCCUCUUUUCAUAAGCACAUCGAGCAGACUUUUUAAGUUCUAAAUUGAUUGAUUUAGGUGRAUUGAAAGGCUUUCAAAAGAAUAAGUUUGAAAAAUUUCCGUGCCCUUCAUGUGCAUGACUUAUUUUCCUUUCUUCUUUUAAUGUAACAGUUCUGUUGUAACCAUGUGUUUCUUAAAUGUUUGUUCUUUAAUUAUGGUCAAAUAUAAUUUGGUCACCAAAAAUGAAAUGAUAGUUUAAAAUAAGUAGCUAUUACUAAAUGUACUAAGAAUACUCAUUUUGUAGCUUUAAUUUGAAAAAUUUUCAAUGUAUUAAAAAUUGUGGCCUCAUUAAGUACAAAACUACACAUCAGAAUUCCUAUAUUAUAUCUGUAGUUAUUUACUGCUCUGUAACUACAUACAAAACUUUAUUUUUAGUUCCAAAUCUAYUAACCAGAAUUCUAUUAUAGGCACCUAAAUACAUAGCAUGAGUAAAAUGGCACGACACAAUCUUAAGGUGCUUUUUGAAUCAUCAGAAAGAUUAAAUUAAGUUUUAGAUGCUUUUGUUUUGAUUAUAUUUUUUUGAAAACUCAAUCGUUGUUAAUGAGUUAUCAGAUUAAUUUAGUUUCUUUGAUAAUGUCUCUCACAAGAACCUAUUGAAUAGUUUUUUCUUUAAUUUGUACUCUGGUGGGAUAGAGGUUGCAGAACACUUUGGUAACAGAAAACAAGUUUGGAAAGACUGUAAGCAUGAUGGAAAAAGGAAUGCAAAAUAUAAGAUACCAAAAAUUUGAAAAAUUGUCCCAUUUUUAAUAACUGUAGUAUAUAUACUAGUGUUUUAUAAAUGUGUAAUAAAGGGGUCCCUCUUGAUUUUUCUCCACUUAA